AUGGAAAGGACCGACAUAGUUUUGGCUAGAAUAAACUUCCUGAAGAAGAUCAAGAAAUUCCGAGAAGAUGGGAGGACGAUUGUAUAUACCGAUGAGACUUUUGUCCAUUCAAGCCAUACAUUUCACAGAUCAUGGCAGUCUGAUCAUGUUGGACUCCGCGUUCCUUUCAGAAAAGGGCAGCGGAUGAUAAUAGUUCACGCUGGGACUGAGACUGGUUUCGUCAAGGGUGCCGAACUAGUUUUCAAGUCGCAAUCGCACACAGGCGAUUAUCAUGACGAAAUGAACAGUACCAAUUUUAUGAAAUGGCUACAAGAAAAAUUACUACCAAACCUGCCUCAGAGAUCUGUGCUGAUCGUUGACAAUGCACCUUAUCACAAUAUCCAAACAGAUAAAUGCCCAACAACUGCAACACGGAAGAGCGACAUUCAAGGCUGGUUGAGACGACACAACAUCGACUUUGACGAGAAGCUGUUGAAGGCGGAACUCCUUGACCUUUGCAAAAGGAACAAACCAUCACCAGAAUACUUGUUAGAUAGGAUAUUAAAGGAACAUGGUCAUGACUGCUUACGACUUCCGGCCUACCAUGCUGAUCUCAAUGCUAUCGAACUUGUGUGGGCACAGCUAAAAGGAAUCAUUGGCAGACAUAAAGUUUCCUUCAGGACGUCGGACUUGGAGCAACACAUUUACGAUGCCAUCUCCACUAUAACCGAUGAGGAUUGGCAGUCAUGUUGUACUCAUGUGCAGAAAGUAGAACAGGAAUAUUGGAAAUCUGACAUUGCUGUAGCAGAGGACAUGGAUGAUAUAGUUGUUGAAGUUUGUUCUAGCGACGAGGACACAGACACUGCUUCUGAAGGAUAUGCAUCAGACACAGAUACUGCGGAUGAAGAUGAAGAUAACAUUUUGUUCAAUUGA